AACAUUGCCGACCUUGCUGUGCAGUUGAAGAGUUGAAGUACUAAAUUUAGCACGUUGGAUUUUCCGAAUUAUUAUUAAUUAUUAUUUUUAUUUUGUGAAAAAAAGUGAGUUAAGUUAAGAGGGUGAUUCUAGUAAAUGGGGCAGUUCCAAGCAGUUAUAGUCCUCGAAGAUUAAGCAAAAUAUUUUGCCUCAAGUAUGUGACUAUUCAACAUCUGUGAUUUUCUAGAAAGUUUUCAAUUUUAAAGGAAAAUAAAUAUUGCGGAGUCACAGUACUUGAGUUUAGAGUGUGUGUAGGGGUCACUAUAUUUGAUUUUGCAGAAGAGAAGAGAAGAGAAGAGAGAGAGAACCAUAAAUGGUGUCUUUGCUACUCUCUGGAUUCUGAGCCUUUUCAAAAGCAUUUCUCUGUUUGAUUUUUGGAUUAGGAUGACACAGCUCUCUGAAUGUACGUGAAGGUCCUUGUGUUGUAGUGAGAGAAAAAGGUUGGUGAAAUGAGCAAAAGUUGAAAAAGUUCCAUUCUUGAAAUAUUGCACCACUGUUUAUCUCCUGUUCUUUGAUGGUAAGAAGAUAAGAGUUAUGGAUUCUCCCUACACAAGAAUAGUCUUUGAGAAAAUUCAGAAAUUUGAGCCAGAGCAUGCUAGAAAAAUAAUUGGCUAUCUCUUCUUUCAAGGUCAUGGAGAACAAGAAAUGGCUAAAUUGGCUUCAUGCCCCGACUAUUUUAUCUGUGAAGUGGUAGUUCAGGCCAAAAAGGAACUCCAAAGGUUGGCUGCUAAACCAGAUAUGCUCCCGAUUUCUCGUACUGUCAACCCUCAACAAGGUUUAAGUGAUUUAUCAGUAAUCUCCCCUAGAACUCCUACUUCACCAAACUUUCAGAUGCCUCCUCCCUAUUGGGAUCCACAAUCUGCUGCAAACAUCAAUCCAGACUUUAUGGGAAUGAAUUACUUGGAUUCUAUUGUAGAACUUCAGAAGCAGACACAGAUGCUCACUUUGGAGAAUCAAAUAGAUGCUGUAAAAACUGGGACUGGAGGAAUCGCCAACGAUCACUAUGGCUUAGACGCUUCUGCUGCCAAUUUGGGUGGGAGAAGGUUUUCUGAAUUUCCAAUGAAGAUGUGUCACUAUUUCAACAAAGGAUUCUGUAAGCAUGGAACUAGCUGCAGAUUCUAUCAUGGGCAAGUUGUCCCUGAGAAUUUCUCUCAGAUGCAUGCAAAUGAUGCUAUUGGUGAGGAUCAGGUGAUUUCCCCAGGGUCACUGGCUCAGUUAGAGUCUGAAAUUAUUGAGCUCCUAAGAGCAAAAGGCGGUCCAAUGUCAAUUGCUUCCCUGCCAAUGGCAUACUACGAUAAAUAUAAAAAGGUACUGCAAGCAGAUGGUUAUUUAACUGAGAGUCAGAGGCAUGGUAAGUCUGGCUAUAGUUUGACAAAGCUUCUUGCACGACUGAAAAAUAGUAUUCAGCUAAUAGGCAGACCUCAUGGGCAGCAUUCAGUGGUUCUGGCAGAAGAUUCUCCCACACAAAUGCAAAAGGGAGAUUUUGCUCGAAAUAUCAGUGCUUCAUACCAAAUAUAUCUGACGUUCCCAGCUGACAGCACUUUCACAGAGGAUGAUGUCUCAAACUACUUCAACACUUUUGGACCUGUUGCAGAUGUCAGAAUUCCAAACCAGCAGAGAAGGAUGUUUGGAUUUGUGACAUUUGUUCAUUCAGAAACUGUCAAAAGUGUUUUGGAUAAGGGGAAUCCCCAUUGUGUUCGGGGUUCUCGGGUGCUUGUGAAACCUUACCGGGAGAAGGCAAAGGUUAAUGAAAGGAAGUACACAGAUAGAAUUGAGCACCCUAUUUGUUAUUCACCACACUAUGUAGAUAUGGACGCUGAACUUAACUCAAUUCCAAGAAGUUUUGGGAGCCAUGGAUCCAUUAGGAGACACCUACAACUAAUUGAACAGGAAGAGCAGGAGCAAGCUCUUGAACGUCAGAGAAGUCUUGCACAGCUGCAUUUUGCCCAAAAAUCUUUCUUCAGUUCACCUCAUUUUGGCUUCUCCAUGGAUGAGUCAAGGAUUUCAGAUGAUCACUUCAAUUUCCAGCCAGCAGAAGAAUCUUUCAGUUUUCCACUGCAUGUCAAAUCCAGGCAUACAGACUCCAAUUACUCUGAUGAGGACAGCAAUGAAGGACUCAAUCUCCCGGACAGUCCAUUUGCAUUUCCACUAGAUAGAUAGUGGGAUGUAAACAUUCAUAGUUUCAGACACAUACAAGAAAUAUAGAGUUCAAACAGAUCCAGGCCAAUGGUAGCAGCUUUCUUUUGAUACAUAAUACAGUUCUUCUAUUGAACUAUUUCUCAAUUAGUACAGCAAUUUAGUCAAAAUUCCAGCAAGUACAUACACGCUGAAGAAGAGACAUGGGAAGAAUUUCCUCUUAACAAUUGGGAUUGGUGGCAUUAACAGAAGUUUAAUGAUACAUGUAAGAAGGUUAUAGUUUUUAAUUACAGACAGGUGGCAAAAGGUUUGAAUUUUAGAUCGUAUAGUUGGGUUUUAUUCAUGAAGUCAUCGGUGGAUGAAAAGAACUAAGCGUAUUAUUGUACACAGUUUUAAUUAGAUUGAAGGACCUCUUAGAAUCCGUGUCUACUCACUGUGAACCGCUUUAAUAAUGGUUUUAUAGCAAGUCCACUUUAUAUGUAUUUUGUAUUCUUUAAUGCCCAAUUCUCUGUCAUUGUAUAAAAAACUAACGUAUCCCAGUAAGCGAAGGUACAAGAAAGGGUCAUUGUACUCAGUCUUACCCUUGCAUAUGCAAAGCGGAACCAACAAGGUUGUGUCAAAGUCUGUCACUAUCCUUGAAAAGUUGUGUGAAGCUCUUUGGAGUAAGUAAUCAAAAUGUUUUCGUUGGAAACGCCUUAAUGCUAUCCUCAAAGGCAAAA